AUGAUCAAAAUCGUCUUCGCCUUAUUCUUUGUGGGAUGUUUGGGAAGCAGUGGAUAAAGUGUCGGAUAAUUCUAUACAACAAAUUCAUGCACAUGUGAUUAACUGUCAUACGAGAGUGAUUGUACUAAAAUGGGACCGUAAUGCAUAUGGGAUGGAAGUUCCUGUUCCACUUAAGAAUGUAAUUUGAUAACUGUUGCUUCUGCAUGUGCUGCAAACUUGAAAUGUAUGUGGACCACAGACCCCUAAGGUGGAAGUUCAUGCAAGACCUUCACCUUCUGUAGUCAAUUGACAGGAGCCACCUAAGUUGCAUGCUUGUAAGUUUCUGCCAAUUGCCCAUUCACUGAUGGCACAAAGUGUGGUUCUUCAAAUCAACUUCAUUCUUGUUCCCACUUCACUGCCAGUCAAUAUUGUGAGGGAUAUAUUUCAUAUGAUGGAAUCUGCAUGUGGAGAGAUGCCACAGGGUGCUCAUUAGCAAGCGAGUGUGCUCCCUUAAAUUUAGCAGAAUGUAAUUCAGCCAAAUAUGGAUGCAAAUAUUCAAACAAUGUUUGUUCCCAAUUAUUGUGUUCUGAUUACACCACUCAACAAACAUGCACUUUUGUCAUGUAGACCAUCACUAAAGGUGAAUAUCAAUUAUGUAGUUGGGACUCAACUGCAGGAAAAUGCUCGAUGGCUCAAAACUAUGGAGGAUUAGGAUAAGGAAACUGUUACGCCACCACCUUAGGUACUGCUAGAUGGGUCUCUACUUCUGCUGGAGGAGAAUGUCUAUCCUGCUAUGCUCAAACAUUAUUUGUUUUCAUCAUAGCAUUAUUCCUUAUUAUGAUCUGA